UGGGAGAGAGAGCUGCUGCUGCUGCUGUGCGCAUUUAAUUAUUGAGGAAGACGAGCAAGAAGCGGCAGGACAGCCGGACUGCGCACCGCCCCCCUGCAGCAGCAGCUUCGGGUUCAGAGAGCUGCAGAGACUGUCCGGACUGAAGUUUGAACCAGAUGAGGAAACUUAACGUCUCAAACUGAGUCUGAAGUGAGCAUUUGUGGAUUUAACCGGGACUAUUGGAUGUUUGUGAAGUCUGUGUUUGUGUUUUUCUCCUUUUAAGCUCGGGUUUGGAGUUUCUGAACACAUCCAUAACGUUAUAAGAUCGUUCCUCUUCGUGGAAACUUUCUCAAACUGCUCCUGGCUGUCCGUAUUUUCGGCGCGUCCCCGCUAACUGAGUGAUGAUUGCUUUGGAAAUGUCACUCCAUCAUCCCGGCGGGGCUGGGGGAAAGUAAGAAACCACCUGUUGUGAAAGUUUCCUGGAGCCACUCACGGAUAAACCCGACCCAAGCCGAGACAGAGAGGCGCGUGCAGGGAGCGGAAUGCGGCCCUUAUGCACGGCGCAGACGCAGAUCCUGGAAAGAUGAGCGAUAAUCUCUGCAGAAAUCUCCACCGGCUCCGUGCACCGUGUUUGCUGUGAGCAUGUUGCCAUGGUGACCCGGGCUCAGGUGAGCUCCGGUUGGGAUGGCUCGUGAGGACGCGGUGAGGUGUCUGCGCUGUCUGCUGUACGCACUCAACCUGCUGUUCUGGGUGAGACGAUCGACGCUCACACCGAAAUACACAUAGAUUAAUCGAUCACACACCAUUAGUAACACACAGAGCCACCUAUAGAUUUCAAUCUAAAGGACCAGGUAGGGGCUCAUGUGAAUUUAAACAACUCCUGAGCACCUUAAACAACAUCAGCCAGAGGUGAUGAUCUGAGCAGAGACACAUGUUGUCGUUAAAACAAGAACUGAACUAAAUGCAUGAAAAUUUUCCAUUAAAUAUUUUAACACAAAGCUGUUUUCUUUUGUGCGAAACAACCAAACGAGUAAAAAGUUGUGUAAUGCUAAAAAACAGUUGGAGUAACAUCUCCAAACUAAUGAGGUUCGUAUUCAGAGAAAUGUUCCUGAGCUGCAGGCCCUCAGGCUGCACUGCUUCAAAAACAGACAGGACUCUGGAGUGGAAAUCAAUGCACGGGCUCAAAAACACUUCCAAGAACCAUUCAGUGAGUUUACGUGCACUUAAAAAAUCAAUUCAUCUCAAUAGUCCAACGAAAACUGGACUUUAAAAGGGGGAUUUGACACAGUAGCAGAGGUAUACGUGCUUAUGUCAAUAAUUCAGUUUACGCCCAGUGCAUAUAAACAGGGACAAGGACAGUAGUCCGGUUGAAUUGCCUAAUCGAGCUAUGGUCAUAGUUUGACUUAACUCUGCAAGUAAACAUACUGAUUGUCUGUGAACACAGGUUAAAACUGAACCAUGCACAGAGCAAAACAUCAUGUAAUCUAAUCUUAUCUAAUCUAAUAUGAGUCUUAACACGAUCACAAUCUGAGGGCUGAUUUGGUCAUUGGAGAUAAAACUGCAGGUUUAAUGAGGAGAUGACAAACAUGUCCAGUUGUAAACAAGUGAAAGCAACUUUAUUUUAACCAGAGGCCCUGCACUUAUUAACCUCCCUACCCACACACACACACACACACACACACACACACACACACACACACACACACACACACACAUGUUUACAGUAACAUAGUUUAGAGCUGCAGGCAAAGUAGGGCAGUAUGUGUGUGAAUAUCUGAGUGUGUGUGUGAGCGUGUUUCACAUUCUGAGAUGUUAUUUGUAGGCAGCAGAAACUGAUCCCUGUGUGUGUGUGUCUGUGUGUGUAGCUGAUGUCAGUGUGUGUGUUAGGCGUAGCAGCGUGGAUCAGAGACUCCCUGAACACCGUGCUGACCCUGACAGCCCACACCAGGUGAGUCCACCCCAGACUGAGUUCAGGUAGUAGUUGAACUAAAGGAGUCCUAAUCAUGUGGGUCCUCUCAAUCUGAUGUUAUUAACCAGGUUGUUCUGUGACAUACCUCUGUGAUUGUGGUGCUUGCAUUGGGAAGAGCGGAGACAGGCAGCUGACCAAUCACAGCAUGAGGAGGCUGUGAUGUCAGAAUGAUUUAUUAUCGGCUUAUUGUGCUUUAAAGAAUUUGCAUUUUUAGAUGUUUUUGAUGGUACAAACUUGACAAAUGGAGGAUCAGACUCAUCAUGUAUCAUUGAUUUGUCAUGAUUAUAGUUUCCUAAUAGUGACUAACUGAUUAACUAAUUAAAUGAUUAAGCUGCACUGGUAAAAUCAACUGUCUUUCUUUAGACUGAUCAUGUUUUCCUGUGUUUUGAAGGUUGGAGGAGGCAGCCGUCCUCACCUACUCUCCGGCGGUUCAUCCUGUCUUCAUUGCCGUGUGCUGCCUCCUCUUUAUCGUGGCGAUGGUGGGUUACUGCGGCACGCUGAGGUGUGACCUGCUGCUGCUGUCCUGGGUAUGACUGCAUCAUUCAUACCUGAAUAAAACCACAAUGAAUAAGUUCAUCAUCUUAAACUGUUAUUCUGUUAUUCUGUUUCAUGUAAAGCUGGUGCUGUACACUGGAACACAAAAUUCUGAUUCAACCAGGACAACUUUAGUCAAAGAGGACUAUUAUUUUAGACUCUUUUUGUUUCAUGUGUAUAUAUUAAAGCUGUGGAUUAACAAGAAAAGUGGCAGUGUUCCUCUACUCUUAAAACCUGCUCAGUUCACAAUAUUUUUUAUCUAAAAUUGAAUUCUUAAGUUGCAGCUACACUGUGUCGUAGUGUUUUUUAAAGGACAUUUUCACUUUACCUCUCCGAAACAUUUUCUUUUUAUUUGACGCCCUGAAAUAAACUGAUAAAUACACCAUUUAGUUUGUUUUAGAUGUUUUGUUAGUCAGUCAGAUGGAGUUACCUGUCCGGAUGAACAUUCAGAUUAGGUGAGCGUGUUGCUAUUACAGGUGUGUUUCUGUAUAAACACUCAGCUUCAGUCCACCUGCUGUUCGCCCUCAUUAAACAUCGUCCAUCAGCUCCAAACAGAGCUCAGUCUGUCUCUGCUGCUCCUCUCUGUGAUCGCUUCACCUGCCUGCUGUCACCUGAGGGGGCGGGGCCGGGCUUCAGGUGUCUUCAUUGUCCUUCAGAGCAGAUAAGAUUGUCCUCAGUUUGUCUCUGUAAGCUGAGACGCUGGGACACAGAGUGGCUGAAAGGACAGACAGAGAGCAUGGUGGGAAAACCAGGACAGACAGGAAGUGAACCCUCUCACCCCUGAGACACCUGACGAUACAAACGAUGCUGUUUCCAAUGAAUGAACCUGUUUCUCUGUGUGUUUCAGUAUUUCUGCAGUCUGCUGCUCAUCUUCUGUGUGGAGUUAGCCAGCGCUGUGUGGACCUAUGACCAGGUGAGAUACACCUGUAUCACCUGUACUGCACAAACACACAGGGGAUCAACAGAUACAAACAUGUAUAGCCACAUUUUUUAGACGUUUACACAUAGUUACUAAAUAUUUUCCUUUAAUGUUACUCUAUUUUUUGUGUUUUUACAGUUAAAGUUGAAGAUAAAGUAAACCCCUUUUUAUGAUGUGUUAAUUUUAAGUGCAGUUUUAUUACAGGCUUUUCUAAUUUACUAGUACUUCCCUUUUCUGAUAUGAAGUGUUAAAAUCUCACUGUGUUAAAGUUUUUACUGCCAGAAACUAUGUGUGUGAAUAUUCUAGUAAAUAUCUGACCCACCUGCACAUAGCCGACCAAUCAGAGGGCAGCAGAGAGCAGGUGCAGACGGUCGGUCUAAUAAUAAUCAGACAUGUGAGAGACGAGCGGCUCGCUGCUCUCAGAUCAGAUCCUGUUACAGUCUGACCCGCAACUACCCUGUUACACCACUACACACUACUACACAAUGACCACACAACUACUACAGAACUACAAUCCAGACUACACAAAUACACAAUAAACUAGAUUUCCAAAUUUUUCAACCCCAGUGCUAUGAGCAGAUGCACAGGUGAGUUUGUGUACAUCUGUGUACCAUAUACCCUAAGAUCUUUAUUUGUAUGGUUUUAUAUAGUUUCAACCUCUGCAGUUGUGUAUGUUUUUUUAAUGAUGGACUAUUGAACCCUUGUCCAGACCAAAAACCUUCAUUUUCUGUUGAGGUUUUGUUUACUACCUGGCUUCCUACAUCACAUCUAUGUCGUUCAGCUUCAGGAUCUGAGCCUGACGUACAAACUGUGAUGCAUACUCUGAACGUUUUCGCCAGUUUGAUUCUGAUUGAUGCAUAUACAAGAGAAACUCAAUCUCCAAACCCACAAUGACUUCCCAGCUGCUAUAAUACUGCUAUCCUGACCACACAGGUACACUGCUACACCAUGUUUCCUCACACAUUAGCACAUAAGGAUCACACAGCUACAACAGAACAUUCACAGCACAAAGCGGAGGUAAUCCAUUCAGCACGAACAGGAGUAAGGAAACAGCUGGCUGACUGCAUAUGGGUGGGGAGCUGACACACCUGGAAGAUGGCUAUCAGAGGAUACACAAAGAAAGGGAAGGUUUGGGUGGGGAAAUGAGGGAGGGGCUGAAAGGUUACGGAGAGGUGAUAUGAUGACUUUUGUGAAAAAAAUUUCCAACUAAAAAUACAGAAAAACAUAAAAAAACUUAAAAGAUAACAUAACGUAUGAACUCACCUGUGGUGCCCCCACCAGGCCAACAUGUUUACCUGCAAGAAAUAAAUUACUGGCAGAUGGUUUAAAGUGGACAAGCAGAUGCAAGUCAUGAUAGGCCUCUGUGUUUACAUUGUUUAGCAUCAACAUGUUUUUUUUCUCUUUCUCACUGUGUGUGUGUGUGUUUGUGUUUGUGUGUGUGUGUGUGUGUGUGUGUGUGUGUGUGUGUGUGUGUGUGUGUGUGUGUGUGUGUGUGUGUGUGUGUGUUCAGCCCCCCGUGCAGCGCUCUGAUAUGAUCAGUCUGAAGUCUCGGAUGCCAAACUUUGGCCUGCAGCGCUACCAGUGGCUCACACACACCUGGAACAGCUUCCAGACAGAGGUCAGAGGUCACACACACAUCACAUUGUUAUCAUUAUUUUCAUAAUCAUUAUAAUUAUAGUUUCUUGCCAAUAAAAGUUAAAAUACUGUUUCACUAUUUAUGAAAACUAAUUUCAUUAUAUAAUUUACACUCUUGUUGUUAGAAAAAUUCCCCACUUUCACAAAUUCACACACUGCACUACCAUGUUUGACCACCAGGGCAAACAGAGAGUUGUAAAUAUCAUGCAAAAGGGAGAAGUCUGAAAAACACAAUAAAAACCCUUCAGGCAUGUCAGCAAGCUGUUUGUAUUGAUUGGAUGGGUUGUACCUUUGAGGAUCAGGAGCUAGUCCCUGCAGAAAAACAGGUCCCCAGUGCACGAGCUACCUAUCAGGCUAAAGUCCCCACAAGUAUAGAAAAACAAACACCACCAGUGAGCUAACAGUUGUGUGUGUUUCAGUUUAAAUGCUGUGGGGUGAUCUACUUCACUGAUUGGCUGGAGAUGACAGAGAUGGAGUUUCCACCCGACUCCUGCUGCUCAAAUCAGUAUCCAGGAUGUGCUCGCCAGGCGCACCUGCAUGACCUCAGCGACCUGCACCAAGAGGUGAGACCCGCCCACCAUUCACAGGAAUGUAACAUCAAACUGAAAUACUUUGAUUGGACUAUGUGUGUUUGUGUGUUUAUCAGGGCUGUGGUCCAAAGAUCUACAGUUUCAUUCGGGGGACGAAACAGCUGCAGGUGUUGCGUUUCCUGGGUGUGUCCAUUGGUGUGGCUCAGAUCCUCGCCAUGGCGCUCACACUCACGUUGCUCUGGGCGCUUUAUUACGGACGGAAGGCCCCAGAGCCGGACUCUGUAGCCCCACCCCCUCAGGAUGACACCGCCCCACUCACAGUGACUCACGGAGCCUCAGCUGAAGCGCCUCCGUCUGGAUGUAACCGCACGAAUAAAGCUUGCAAUGCUGGCGCUCACGCUAAGACGACAGAGCUUCAGUUUGAGAUGGAGAGGCUGUCGUAGCAAAAACAGUAAAAACUCUGCAGACUGAAGUCAGUGGACGGAUGAUUUAUCAUUUAUUUAAGCUUAAAGACUGAAACUAAAAGACUCUGAUCCUGUUACAGAGUUUUGUUCAACGUUUCUAUCAGGAACUCUCUACAGAAAACAUCAGACCUGAAAUCUUCGUAUUUAUCACAGAGUUAAUAAUCAAACAUGUCUGGUUUAUUUCAUGAAAGAGGCUAAUGAAAGUCCAAAUGCUGAAAUCACCAGAGUCAAAGCAAACAUCUGAAACAAGUUUGAAAGAGAAAAACUGGAGAAGUUUGAGAAUAUUUGCGAUCACAUCGAACCAUUAGCUACCAUCAGUUAACAGCUAACAUUAGCACUUCAGCACCUCUCAGAAACUGUGUGAUAGUGUCAAGAUAGUCAAGAUAACUUGAUUCAGCCUUUUUGUCAGAUAUAGACAUAUUUGCAAUGUCAGUGUUCAAUUUUUCUGAUAGAAAUGAUGAAUAAAACAGCCUAACUGUAAGCACAGCUGCAGAAUUAAAGUCAGCCAGGAGGAAAAACGCUGACUGUGUUUUACUUCAUCCUGAGGAGAGUCUUCAAGGACACCGUGGUUCUGGUUCUCUGUGGUCUUUUACAGGAGGAGAACUGAAGCACUAAAGGAAGAAACCACUAUUUAGAGAGGAGGAGGAACUUUAUCUUCUCUGGUUUCUAACCACAAAGGAAUAUGGACUGUUUAUCAGACUGUGCCAGACUGAGUCUGUGUGAAGAACAGACUGGAGUUUUUCUGUGAGUUGUAUCACUGGAGACAGACCUGUGUGUUUGUCAGUGUUUAUUAGAAAAUGUGCAUGGUGUUGAAUAUUUAAGAGAAAAUGUUUUAGUAAUCAGAGAGUUUGAUCAUUUUCUCUGUUGAAUAAAACAUGACGCAGAUCUAAUUUCAUCUGUUUGCAAAACAA